CAACUAGGGUUUCGGUGACGGCGGGCCUCUCACUUCGGUGCCCCUCCUUGUUUUUGCAAGGCCUCCCUCCUCUUUCUUUUUCCUGGUUUUCUACCUCUCCAUUCCAUGGAUCAGACUUGUAUUUUGGCCUGGAACUGUCGAGGUCUUGGAGAUACUUUUGCGAUUUCAGAGUUGAAGAAACUCUGUUUCCAACAUAAGCCCAGCAUCAUCUUUCUCUCCGAAACUAAGCGCACAGCGGUGGUGAUGACCUCGAUCCGCCCAGAUCUAGGGUUGGAUCACUUUUCUGUGUGCAAUUAUGCAGAGAGAAGGGGCGGCUUGACCCUGCUUUGGAGUGAGGAGAGUAAUCUUCAAGUUUCCUCUUUCUCGCCAUUGAUAGAUCUAGGGUUGGUUUUGCUGUUCUGCAGGCAAUUGUGCAUAGAGAAACCAUCACACAUCGAUGUUGUUAUUGUAGAUCCCGGUGGUUGUCAACGGCCAUCAACAGGGUAUUCUGGCCAACCAGAGAUGGUUUCUCCUAUGCCUCGACGAUGUUUAGGGGAGAAUGCCGGUGGAGGUUGUUUGGAGACGUCGGAGGUGUUCUGCAAGGGGAGGAUGCCAUUUCAGUCUCAAAAGGGGCUCUAGUUCCCUUAUUGAAAUUUGGCAACAAAGGCUUGCAAAGGAU